AUAUUUUUUAAAGUGUAAUUCUCCCACACUGCCACCACCACACACCAGACCAAAAUAAAACAUAAAAAUCAAAGCAACCCAGAGGGCAGAGCCCAGAAAGAAAAGGCUCUCAUUCAUUCUCCUGUUCACCUGGAGAAAAUGGUACUUGCCGUCAAACUGCCAUACUGCUCCCCAUUGUGUUCUCCUCAACACUCAACUCCUCCUUGUCCCCUUCAUUUCCAUAACUAUAACCCCAAAUUCUUUCCUUCUCUUCCCCUAUCUCCAUCUCCGAUUCCAACCUGUGCUCAUUCCAAAGGCCACAGGAGGUCCGAGUCUUUGGGCGUCUCGUAUCGAUACUCCAGCAGCGCAGAUGGAAAAGACGGCGAGAAUUGUAGCUUUGACGAGGCAGUUUCCCUUUUCAACCAAAGGGAAUACUAUAAGUGCCAUGACCUGCUUGAGGACUUGUGGAACAAUGCCGAGGAUCCCACCAGAACCCUCAUUCAUGGCAUUCUACAAUGUGCUGUCGGAUUCCACCACCUUUUCAACCAGAACCACAGGGGAGCCAUGAUGGAGUUGGGAGAAGGACUGUGUAAACUUAGGAAGAUGAAUUUCGAGAGUGGACCAUUCUAUGACUUUGAGCAAGACAUUGCUGCGGUUCUCGACUUCAUUUAUAACACUCAAAUUGAGCUGGCUGCCUGUGGUGAUGAUCUAUGUGUGACAAUGGAGCAGUCAGAAAGGUCAUACCUUCUCCUUGGAGGCUAUGCGGCAGGGCAGCAUCUUUAUCAUCUACAAGCUGAUCCUAAUCAAGUUAUGUACAUUAUAUUUUGCCCUCAGCGAUCUUAUGGAUCUGCACAGGCUUCAGCUCCAUCCCCAAGGGUAAGGCUUCCAAUUCUUCAGGCUGCUGAGGGGCAUCUUUCGGUGUAGUCGCUAGUCUUUUAUACAGUAUAUUGUAAAUAAACCAUUUCUGAUCCUUUCAAAUGGCUGUGGUCUAAAGCAUGUGAUAUAAUGUAGAAUAUCUGAUUGUUCGAUCAAAUUGAAGUUUGUUUCAUCUUC